CAGCGCAGUUUCGUCAUCUUUACACACGAGGAAGAAGCGGUAAUUGCUGACAUGCGCAGUCGUCGCUCCGCUGCCUUCUCUUUCUCCGCCGCCGUCAGCGCGAAACCAUGAAGGCGUCAGGAACUCUUCGGGAGUACAAAGUCAUCGGGCGGCUGCUGCCCUCCGCCAAGAACCCCACCCCUCCUCUGUACCGCAUGAGGAUAUUUGCCCCCAACCACGUGGUGGCCAAGUCCCGCUUCUGGUACUUCGUCUCCCAGCUGAGGAAGAUGAAAAAGGCCUCUGGCGAGAUCGUCUACUGUGGUCUGGUGCAUGAGAAAUCGCCCCUGAAGGUGAAGAACUUCGGGAUCUGGCUGCGCUACGACUCUCGCAGCGGCACUCACAACAUGUACAGAGAGUACCGGGACCUGACCACGUCUGGAGCCGUCACCCAGUGCUAUCGCGACAUGGGGGCUCGCCACCGCGCCCGAGCCCACGCCAUCCAAAUCAUGAAGGUGCAGGUCAUCGCUGCUAACAAGUGCCGCCGACCCGCCAUCAAGCAGUUCCAUGACUCCAAGAUCAAGUUCCCGCUGCCGCACAGGGUCCUGCGCCGCCAGCACCAGCCCCGCUUCACCACCAAGAGACCCAACACCUUCUUCUAGAACCGGGCCGGGAAAUAAAAUGUUCUGACCACAGACA